CUUGCGCUGUGAACUAGGUAUAGGACGACUGUUGUCAAGGUAGAGCUUAUAUCAUUUUACAUAUCUCACAGAGGAAGGGAAGCUUCACUGGCUGCAUGUGGAGAAGAUGGAGAUCCUUCCUGUUAUACUUGUCCUUAUGCUUCCAGCGGAACAUAUGUUUCAUGCGGAUGCAAGUGUGACCGUGCAUACACCAGACCAGCAGAGUUACCUGCCCCUGGGGCCACUAGGUGUCACUGUGCAGGAGCGAACUUCUAUCCGGUUCAACCUGACCGCCUCCAACGAUGCCCACGUUGCUCUGUAUACUCCGAUCAAUGGAACUGUUCCCAUGGAUAUAUACGAAAUUGUGAUUGGUGGUUGGUCAAACACCAAGUCCGUUGUGAGGACACGUCAACAAGGGCGGGCUAAAGUUUCGGAAACCCACAGUGCCCUGGCCUCUUCUACAGCCAAACCCUUCUGGAUGAGUUGGUCACUAGGGGUCAUAAAGGUCGGAAGUGGAACCCAGGUUGGCGUGAGCACCUUCAUGCAGUAUGCAGAUAGCAGAUACAACGUGACAGCUAUUGCUGUGAUGACGGCGUGGGGAUCGACAGGAGACUGGGUGUUUGAGGAGGGAAUUAUCAGUUCUAGUCUGUUGCCUUCGUCAACCAAUCUGAUGAUGGGCACCUCGCUGGAUACCAGUUACCUGGAAGAUACAAUGUCAAGUGACUACACAAUAUAUACGUCUCCGAUGACAAUUUUUUCAACAACUGAAAUCAAUUUUACUUCAGCACCUCAAGCAUCAUCUACGUUAAUCCAAAUAUUUACUAACACUGAUACACACUCAACGUUCCUCACAGUUACCUCCCUUUCGUCAUCAGCAUUUAGAGUGCCCUCCCUUGUUUCAACUACUAAUGGAAUUACCUCCACUAUAUCAUCAACAGCGAUGGCAGAUAUCCACAGUGCCUCAUCACUUCACGGAGUAACGUCCCUUGGUUCAACAUACAUGGAUGAAAUUACCUCCCUUAUUUCACCGAUAGAAGUUAUCUCCCCUUUGUCAUCGCUACACGAAGUUUCAACAUACAUGACAGACAUUACCGCCCAUUUAUCAGUAUCAGUUGGAGUGACUCGUAUUCCGGAGGAGACCGCAUCCUCUGCGACCACCUCCUCUACGACCACGUUUUCUAGCAGCAGCAACCGCUGUAGGUGCAAUUGUAGAAUGGCGUUGAGUCCUACAUCCGGGGAAUUCAAAGAAUUAGUAAACGCAAUGGCCAAAAAGCUAUCUGUUCCCAAACAUAACUUAUCCUCUUCGUUAAGGAAACGGAAGUCAGUCACGGAUGAACGGCCCUCGUCUGUGGGUAUCGGGUCUGGUGCAGUCUUCCUGGUGGUGCUUCCAUUUGCAAUUGUGGUUUUGUCAGACGCUCAAACUUUGUUGUGUUUCUUAAUGAACCAGAGAAAGCGUUAACAUGUGCUGUUGAACUUUAUGUACGUUUUGAAAUAUUGUUAUCAUUAUUAUUGAAUAAUGACUCCUACGGAUAAAAUGUUAUUACAUUUCGAGAUGAAAGAAGUGUACUCAAGUAUUGAAGUAAUGCUGCAAGUCAUCUAUACCUGUACUUAUAAGCUGUGGCUGUGUGUGUUUGUGCGUGUGUUUGUGCGAGUGUGUGU